UUAUAGCUGAUGAAUGUUUAGGCGUUUGAGAUAGCGCUUUUAUUGUGAAGGACAGCGGAAGUCGUGGUGUCGCAGGAACAAAGCAGCUUCCUUAAGCAGUUAGCAGCUAGCAGCUAGCAGCGUGUCUCGGUGUUGUCCCGGUGUGAACCAACAUGUCUCGUGUCCAGAGAGUCCAGAAGUUCCGGAUAUACGUCACUGAGCGGCUGCACGCGGCGCUCGAGGACAUUUUGUCCGUUUUUGAGAAAACGGUCGUUAAAUAUGAAGAAGAAGCGGCGCUCAGCCAGGAAGUCAUCUCCCGCCAGCACGCGCUGCUCUGCGCGCUCCAGUCCCCUAUGAUGGAGCCGCCAGAUGCCUUCACACAGCAGCUGCUGCCCCCGCCUCAGGAUCAGGACCGGAUCCAGGAUCCUGACCCGCGGUGUGCUGAGGAGCAGCUCCAGGUCCUGGACGAGGCCGAUAUCAUCCAGUUCACCUACAGCUCCUGCGGAUCGGCGGGCCCCGGGGCCCCCACCCAGCUGAGUCCGGAUCAGGAAGUCAACCUGGUGUCCUCUGAGACAGAGGACAGCGAGGACUACGGCAGAGACUCGCCAGACAACCAGCACGACCAGCAGAGGCCUAAAAGGGUCCAGGGGCCAGCGCUCAGCUGCAGGGUCUGCAGCCGGCCCUUCAGGGCCCGUAGGUUCCUGAUCCGCCACCUCACAGUCCACUUGCAGGACCCUGAGCUGCUCUGCGGCCUCUGCGGCCGACGCUUCCACUCCACCGACACGCUGAGGCUCCACCUCCAGACGCACCGCAGCGCUCAGAGGACCAGCAGGGAGCCCGAGACCAGGAGCAAGGAGCCUGAGACCAGGACCGGGACCACCGAGACCAGGAGCAGGGAGAGACGUGUCCAGCAAAACCUGCAGCCUCAGAGCGGUGGCGGUGGUGUGGAGGCGCUACAGGUGAAGAAGAAGAAGAGGCUGCAGUGUGACCUCCAGAGGAGGCGGAGCCAGCAGAGCGCCGAGCGAUCAGCGAACACACAGAAGAAGAGGAAGAAGAAGAAGAAAAGCUCAGAUUCAGUUUGAGUCUUCAAACUUUAUUUCGUGAACGUUUUCAGAGUUUCGCUUCUUCAUUUGACCUUUGACCUCCGAGCAGGCGGCAGAUUUCUCUCAGGAACAGGAAACGAGCAGCUCGCUGAGAAAAGUUCAAACAGAAGAAGAAGAAGAGUUUCAGAGAGCUGAAAACCCGAACUACGGAUUUAAAGUGACGACACACAAUAAUCUCAGCAAACAGUCAAAUGUUCAGCUCAUCACCCUGUUUGUUUGUUUGUUUGUGUGUUUGUUUGUUUCUAAAUUAGAUGUUGAUUGUUGGCUCAGUUUUUUGGCUGCUGUUUUUUUCAGAUUCAGCUCUGUUUGUUUCAAAAGUUCAAAAUAAAAUUCAAACUCUGA